GCCCCACCCCUCUCCGAGGACGGCUCCCGCAGCCAGCGCGACCACGACUAUCGCGACAUGGACUAUCGCGGAUACGGGGGACCCCCAGAGGGACCCCCCGCUGCCGGGACCCCCCCUCAGGCCUCCUACGAGACCUCGGAGCCCCCCCGGAAACGGGAGCAGCCCCGGGAGCCUCCGCGGGACCCCCCGGCGCUGCCGUUCGGCGCCGACGGCGAUUACCGGGACCAGGAUUACCGGGAGGGCGCCGAGGAGGAGCCCAGGGCCAGCACCAUUGUCAUGCUGCGCAUGCUGCCCCAGGCGGCCACCGAGAACGACGUGAGCCACGCCCUCUCUGGCCACGCCCCNAGCGCCGCCAUCUUGUCCCGGCGCUCCGCCUCUCCUCUUCCGCUCAACCCGGCCAAUCGCGACCUCGCACCGCCGCUUUAG